CCCCCUUAACAAUUGGGUCCUCGCCCUCACCUUCUCUAUCGGAACAAUCCCUCGCAUCGGCUUUCCGCCGUUCGUUCCCCUCGCCGAGUCGCCGCGCCGCCGCAUCUGCAUCCCACUCCUAUCUAUCCAUCCCCGCGCGGAGGGCCCACGGAGAGGCAUGCCGCGCGUGUUGUCUCGUUCCCCGCCGUCCCACCGACGGCGGCGCUCCCCAUCGCCGCGGUACGGCGGCAGGCGGCGCUCCCCGUCGCCGCGGUAUGGCAGCAGGCGGAUCCGACGAGAUCGCAGCCGCUCCCCUUACUCCUCCCGGAGAAAAAGCCGGUCUCCUUCUAGAUGGGACAGGAGCCAGUCCCCAAUUCCUAGGAGGCGUAAAAGCCCUCCAUCACCGAGGAGACAUAGAAGACGGAGAAGCCGGAGCAGCUCAAGUUCUCUUGUAAAUAACUCCAGCCCAAGUCAUGGAUCCGAACAGAACAGUUUAAUUGAAAAACAAAGGAAGGAAGAAGAAAAGAAAAGACGCCAAAAGGAAGCUGAACUUAAGUUGUUGGAAGAGGAGCUUGCUAGGAGAGUUGAAGAAGCUGUUAGGAAAAAUGUUGAGGAGUGUCUGAACUCUGAGGAAGUAAAAGAUGAAAUAAAACGCCGAGUUGAGGAAGGUAUCAAAAAGUUAUUUGAUGAGGUUGAUGCUCAGCUACAAAAAGAAAAGCAAGCAGCUCUCCAUGAAGCCAGGCAGAAAGUAGAGCAAGAAAGGAAGGAGAGGGAGGAGUUGGAUAGGAUGAUCGAGGAGAACCGGAGGAAAGUAGAGGAAUCUCAAAGGAGAGAAGCUCAGGAGCAGCAUCAGAAAGAGAUGGAGCGAUAUUUGGAGCUGGAACGGAUCCAAAAGCAGAGAGAAGAAGCCUUACGCAGAAAAAAGAUUGAAGAGGAGGAAGAAAGAGCUAAGCAGAUGAGAUAUUAGUAGUAAAGAAUAGGCAGUGGUUUCGUGUUGGUGUUGUAGUGUGUUUGCUGUAUUACAAAUGGGAGCAUUGAACUUUCGGGGACGCCUCCAACUUCUGUGCCUGGUUGCACUGAUAACAUUUUUCUCAAGUUCGCACAAUAUUAUUAGAGGGGAGACAUGUUGACGUCUCCUUUUUCUGAAA